AGAUGUCAUUCGUGAUUGAGCGCUAAAACAGAAAACACGCAAUUCUUCAGCCUUCAGUUAAUUCUUCCGAAAUUAAGAAAGAUUACAAUUCAGAAGUGGGAUAAACCGUUUGUGCCGAAAAAUGCUUACAAAAGAGGAACUUCUUUGUGCUUUGGAAGUUGCUAACAUCGAAGUGCCUCCGAAAGCAACUUUAAUACAACUACGCAUGUUGUACGAGCAAAGUGUACCGAAAAACAAAAUGGAGGAACAAUCAACCCAGAAUUUCAUUCCUCAAAGAGUGUGUGCAGAUGAAGACGAAGUGACGAACAAUGGAAACCACGUUGCAGCAGCCGCCAUCUUGAUGAAAGACAAAGCUGCUCCGACAUCUUCGACGCAAGGUGCUUCAUUCGACGCAACUUCUCAUCAAUUGGAAUUAAUGGCGCUACGAGCAAAAAUUAUGGAAAUGGAACAGCGGCAGACGUUUACGGAUGGUCGAUUGGUUCAUCCCGAGGAGUUGAAACAUUUGAUACCGGAAUUUUCUGACGGCCUCGGUAUCAAUAAGUGGAUCAAUACGAUUCGCUACAAUAGCGAAUUAUAUGGAUGGCAGGAUCGCACGAUGCUUUUAUAUGCAGGCAGUCGGUUGACUGGAGCAGCAAGCGAAUGGUACAAUGGCUCCCGUAACACUUUGAAGACAUUCGACGAAUUCGCUGACACAAUUAAAAAGGCUUUUCCUGAUCGCUGUAACGAAGCCGUUAUUCAUAGCCAAUUAGCAUCGGUCUACAAGAAAAUUUCUGAGUCGUACACAAGCUAUGUAUACCGAGUAAAUGCGCUGGGAAUGUCAGGCCACGUGAGUGAGGAGGCUAUCAUAACUUAUGUCAUCAGAGGACUUUCUCGUGACCCUCUCUAUGAUAGCCUUGUGACCAAGGAUUACCGCGAUAUUUACGACCUGAUUGACAACAUUAAGCGAUAUGAAUCCCAUCUUCUGUUGCGCAAAAACCCAGAACGCCGCAGCCCAUCUCACAUCAACACCAUUUCCCCGAGACCGAUUCCACCAAGACAAACGACGACAGAACCUCUUCGAUGUUAUAACUGCUCGAAUCAUGGACAUCAUUCAUCGCAAUGCACACAACCUCGCCGAGCUCCGGGUUCCUGCUUCCGAUGUGGUAGCACAUCACAUGUCAUUCGCAACUGUCCUGUCCCAGAUAGACGUCAACUAACGGUUGCUGCGGUACAGGGCAACGACAAUGAAACAGCGCAUCUAGAUUCUGGGGAAAAUGGAAACUUCGUUCAACUUGAGGCCUAUCAGGAGCUCUAAAAGCUUCAUAAAUGAAGCCAUUGUUCCGGUUACAAAACUAAGCGCUCCCCAACCAAGUGGAUUUCGAGGAAUAGGAAAUGUGAAUUUACAAACUCUUGGAACAGUACAGCUAAAACUUAGUUUUCGUAAUCAAACAUUCAUUCACAAUUUCUAUAUUUUACCAAAAAGCUACAUGUCCCUAUCCAUGAUAGUAGGGAGAGAUUUGUUAUCAGAAUUUAACAUCACACUCGCUCAAUUCCGUAAACAUUACAGCAAACUUAUGCUGAUGAAUUUAAAUAAAGAUAAAAUUCUGAACUUAAAAAAACCGGGUUUUUACCAUAAGCUCCAAACGUUGGGUCUUUUACGUAGUUCGAUCCAGGCUCCCUUACCAGAGGUAUGCAAAGAUUCGAAAUUGUCCGAUCCCAAUAUUUCUUCAAAAUUCAUUUCGAUAUCAGACAAAUCUGAACAUAAACAACAAUAUGACACAACUUUUUCUGAAAUGUGUUCUAUAAAUAUUAGCGAUGAGGCUAGCACUAUAAAUGUUGGAGAACAUCUUUCUAAAGAACAAGGCAUUGCUUUAAGAUCAAUAGUGUCCAAUAAUUACAUUAAUUUUCCGGAUAAACAUAUAAUACCAUCUGCUCAUAAAAUGCGAAUUAGCUUAACUCAUGAUACUCCUAUUUUCACAAAGCCUAGACGACUUUCUUUCGAUGAAAGGAAUAAAGUAAAAGUCAUUGUGAAGGAUUUAUUAGAGAAAAAUAUAAUAAGACCCAGUAACUCUCCUUAUGCUUCCGCACUGGUACUCGUUAGGAAGAAAAAUGGCGAAAUUCGUAAGUGUGUCGACUACCGACCUCUUAAUAAAGUAACAAUCCGCGACAACUACCCGCUUCCACUCAUAGAGACGUGCCUAGAACACUUGGGCAAUAAAAAAUUCUUUACGUUACUAGACCUAAAGAGUGGUUUUCAUCAAGUGGCAAUGGACGAGGAUUCAAUUAAAUUCACAGCGUUUGUUACUCCAGACGGCCAGUACGAGUACACGCGUAUGCCCUUCGGAUUAAAAAACGCGCCAGCUGAAUUUCAGCGUUUCAUUAAUACAAUUUUGCGGAAAUUCAUCGAGAAUGAAAAGCUGGUUGUAUACAUUGACGACAUUCUCAUAGCUUCUCAAGACUUUAAAGAACAUCUUGAAAUAGUUUGUGAAG